UCAUCUUCUUCGGUAGUACGUAGUAGAUUGCAUCAAAUGUUGGUUGGUACUGGCACAGUAGUUGGUGGAGUUGGAGCAGCUGUAUCCGAAGAAAGUAUGAAAUCAUUGAAAUACUGUCUUCAAUGGUUACAUUAUGCGAACCAGCAUAUUGAACAUCAAAUCACAGUAUUACGAGAGUUUAUUGUUAAUCUAACCAAACAAGCAUCAUCAUCAUCGUCAGGAGCUCUGAUAAAUACGUCAGCAACUUCAACUCUAUCAUCGAUAAAACGUGAAGUGGUUGAAACUCUACGUAAAGUGAUUGAAGUAGUUAGUAAAUAUGCAUGUUUACCGGAUCAAGCGAGAGCCAAAGUGAGAACAUUCAUACUAAAUUUACCGAGUAAAUGGGCAAACGUUAAUCGCACCGGUGAUCAUUCCACUACGCCAUCACCAAUGUCAUCACCAGUGUUAGCGCCUACCGCAACAAAUACACAUCCAGCCACUAAUGCAAUUCGAUUAUUAAGUCUCGCGACUGAAUCACUCGAGAUGUUGAAAGCGGUUGCUAAUAUUUUCUCCGAUACAAUCGCGAGUGCUGAAGCCUGGGUGGCAAGAUUAAGAGCUGUAGGUGUAACAAGUGGAGGAGCUGCCGCGGUUGGUGAAAUACAAUUCGAUAAUAUUCCACAGUUACCCCCCAGAUGGCCAUCUCAACAACAAAAUGGAUAUUAUAAACCAGACACUACUGUGACCACCAAUGGAAUCGAUCGUAAACAUCCACAUAUUGACGAUGAUGAUGACGUUAAUGAUGUUAACGAGUAUUCUUCUUCCGAAUCUGAAGAAGAGGAUAUGCGUAUGCCAAUGGAUAAUAUUAAUCUAAAAUCACAUGCUCGUCAAAAUGGAAUAUUCUCAACCAAAAAAGACGUAUCUCGCUUAUAUAACGGCAAACAAAAACCAAAAUCCUCUUACCCAGAAGUAAUGUAUAACAACAAUUUCACCCACGAAUAUGGUUACGAAAAUUAUAGAGCAGCUUCUCCUACAAGUCGUCCCAGAGCUCGAAGUUCUCUCUCACAACAUCCUCCUUCACCAUCACAAUACCCAGAACAAAUAGAAUAUCGUUAUUCACAAUUCAACAAUACCCAACACUCUCAUCACUCGCAGUCUCAUUAUCAACAAUAUCAAAAUCUCGCACAGCUUCCUUUACACACACAUCCCCAACAAAAUGUUAGUCAAGAUACAGAGCAUGCAACAGAUUACACCGAGUUCCAAGAGCAAACACUCCCCCAUUAUAAUGGAUUUUCACAAUCUUCACAGCAAAUUUCAACAUCAUCACAGCCGCGACAACCUCCUUACGCUUAUCAAAAGUAUUACGAACUUGCACCUGUGAUUGCAGUUCAACCUGCUUCUGAACGAUUUUCCGCUGGACAACGUACACUUUCUUUGACCUCAAACUCUACACUGCCAAGUGGAAGGAGAUCUCCUCAAUCAUUCAUAACUGAAGCACCACCUCCACAAACCAAAUCCAUUUCAGGCACGCGAGUUUCAUGA